AAAAAAACAAUGACUUUGCAAUGGCGGCACAUGUCAUAAUCAACCAACCCUUGUUGACACUUUAACCCUAACCAAACUUUUUUCCCUCCCUUCACUCUCCUUCACCAAUAAAUUUUCAAUUCACCUAAACCCCAUCUUUUUCUUCUUCAAUUCCAUUCUUCAAAAUUUUCAAAUUUCAACUAAAAAACCAUGUUUUUUUCUUCUCCAAUUUCUCCCUUUUGAAUAAACCCUAUUUUUCUUCUUCUUCUUCUUCUUCUUCAAUUUCGUUCUUCAAUUUCAAUGGCAAAAGGCUCAAUUUCAUCUCUUUUCUACUUGUUUACACGUAAAAGAACAACUUUUUCAAACCUCAAAUCUCUUUUUUUCAAUCACUCAUUAAUUUCUUCUUCACGUUCUCAAUUUCACCACCCAUUUCGUCCCUUUUCGACCCAUUUGUUGAACCCUCGUUGUAUCACUAGUUUCUCACAAAGUUUAAACCUUUCCGGUGAUAGAACCCUCCCCACAAGACCCUUUUCCACCGCCGGCGAGGAUGGUGGUGCUGCGACUGACGAGGAUUCGCAAUUCGAAAAGGGUAUUGGUAAUUUUGAGGUUGGAACUAAGGUUAGUGAUGAUGUUUGUGAUUUAUCAGAAAAUGGGGUUGUUUUAGAUUAUGGUAAUGAUGAAUGUUAUACAAAUAUUGUUGAUUCUGUAGAAUGUAGUAAUAGUAGUAUUAGUUGUACUAGUAAUGAUAAUAGGGAUGAUGAUGAAUUAGAGGAUUUUACUCAUGUGGCGUCGAAAGAUCCUGUUGAAUUAUAUGGUGAGCUUAAGAGUGUUGAAAAGGGUGUUAAGUUGGCUAGAGCUGAGGUGGAUGUUUUAACAGAUGUGUUCGAUUAUUUUGCGAAAUCGGGCUGGGCGUCAAACCAAGCACUUGCUAUUUACAUUGGUUUAUCGUUUUUUCCGACUGCUGCACACAAGUUUCGGAACUUUUUCAGGAAGAGAUGUUCUGCUGAUGUUGCCAAGUACUUGGUUUCACUCGGACCGUGUGAUGUUGCUGUGAGGUUUUUGUUUCCGGUAUUUGUUGAGUUUUGUUUGGAUAAUUUUCCUGAUGAAAUUAAGAGGUUUAGGGAUAUGGUUAAGUCAGCUGACCUCACGAAACCUCACACUUGGUUUCCUUUUGCGAGGGCGAUGAAACGGAAAAUAGUUUAUCAUUGUGGUCCUACUAAUAGUGGUAAAACUUAUAAUGCUUUGCAAAGGUUUAUGGAGGCAAAGAAGGGGAUUUAUUGUAGUCCACUUAGAUUGUUGGCUAUGGAGGUUUUCGAUAAGGUUAAUGCGAAGGGUGUUUAUUGUAGUUUGUUAACUGGUCAAGAGAAGAAGCAUGUACCAUUUGCAAAUCAUGUUGCGUGUACUGUGGAAAUGGCUUCGACGCAGGAAUUGUAUGAAGUUGCUAUUGUUGAUGAGAUUCAGAUGAUGGCGGAUCCUUAUAGAGGGUAUGCAUGGACUAGGGCGCUGCUUGGUUUGAAGGCUGACGAGAUACAUUUAUGCGGUGAUCCUAGUGUUUUGGAUAUUGUUCGAAAGAUAUGUCAGGAUACAGGAGAUGAGUUGUGUGAGCAACAUUAUGAGAGGUUCAAACCUUUGGUGGUUGAGGCAAAGACUCUGCUCGGAAAUCUUGAAAAUAUUCGGUCUGGUGAUUGUGUUGUUGCAUUCUCAAGGAGAGAGAUAUUUGAGGUUAAAUUAGCCAUUGAGAAAACCACUAAUCACCGAUGUUGUGUUAUCUACGGAGCUUUGCCACCAGAAACUCGUAGACAGCAAGCUAAUUUGUUCAACGAUCAGAGUAAUGAAUACGAUGUUCUAGUGGCUAGUGAUGCAGUGGGGAUGGGCCUGAACCUUAACAUUCGAAGGGUGAUUUUUAAUAACCUUUCAAAGUACAACGGUGACAAAAUUCUUCCCGUUCCAGCUUCACAGGUUAAGCAGAUUGCAGGGAGAGCUGGUCGAAGAGGAUGCCUUUAUCCCGAUGGACUUGCAACUACCUUACAUUUAGAUGAUUUGGAUUACUUGAUUGAGUGUUUGAAACAACCCUUUGAUCACGUGACAAGGGCUGGCCUUUUUCCUUUUUAUGAGCAGGUAGAAUUGUUUGCCGGACAGUUUUCUGACUUGACAUUCAGCCAGCUUUUAGAAAAAUUUAGCGAAAAUUGUCGUUUGGACGGGUCGUACUUCUUGUGUCGACAUGAUCACAUAAAGAAAAUCGCUAAUAUGUUAGAGAGGAUCCGAGGAUUAUCAUUAGAUGAUCGUUUUAACUUCUGUUUUGCACCUGUUAAUGUUAGGGAUCCAAAAGCUAUGUACCACUUGCUCAAAUUCGCUGCAGCGUUUGGUCAGAAGGUACCUGUAAGUAUAGCUAUGGGGAUGCCAAAAUGUUCGGCACGGAACGAUUCAGAACUCCUAGACCUUGAGAGUAGGCAUCAAGUUUUAUCUUCAUAUUUGUGGUUAUCAAACCACUUUGAUGAGGAAAAAUUUCCAUUUGUUAAGAAAGCUGAGGCAAUGGCUUCAAACAUUGCUCACUUACUAAGUCAAUCUCUUAUCAAAGCGAAUUGGAAACCUGAAUCAAGGAAUAGAGGGAAACCGAAAGCAGUAAAUAGUGAAGAAGAGCAAACAGAACCAAGAAGUGAAUUCAUAUUAAAAACUGAAAAAAAGGAUGACGGUUAUUCAAGACCACAGUCUUGUUAAAUUAUAUGACCAGAAACGGCAUGAAAAUUCGUUACACUCUGAUCGUUUGAAGAAAAUAAUUGCAUAAUAUGUUAAUGACUUUGGAGGUCAUAAUCAACUACCGCUGCAAUAUAACACUAUAUACCAGCUAUUUCACAAACUCAUUGUACUUUUGUAGCCAAAAUUGUGGAUUAGAGACCAAGUUCGAAAAAAGGAGAAAAAAAUAGCACUUUAGAAAGGAAUGAAGGAUAUUGACAUUCAUAGUGGGGAGAAGAAACAUACUACAGUUCCAGGUGGCAAAAAGCCGACAUUGAGUUGUCAAACUUUCUCAUCGAUGUGAGCUCUUGGCGAAGAUUGGCGUGUUAUUGCUAGAGUAACUUCUGAAUUUCUUAAAUAGUCAAAAUUGGGGCAUUGUUAUGGUGCCAAAAGUGAUUUGUGCUCAAAUAUAGACUAUAAAUUUUGUUUUAUUUUGCUGGUCAAGGAAAAUCCCAUUUAAUCCUUCUAUGCUUGCCCCUUUUAUGUAGAGUUGAAUGUUGUAGGUUUCUUUAAAAUUGUUAUUAUUUUAUAUAUUAUGCUUUAGUAGCUAGGAAGGCUUGUUGCCUUGAGAAUGCAAAUGUAACAUUGAUUUGAUCACUCUUUUGUUAAGGAUAGUCAAUAGUCAACUAUCUAAAUAAAUGCACCAAAUUUAUUUA